AUGUCGAGGAAGCUACGUUCCUCACUCCCAAGCAUUGCCAACCCUGUUCCGGACCUUUCCGAACAAGACGACCACCGACUGGAAGGAGGAAAGAAGCGACGACUCAUGAGCAAGGUUGCCGCUUGCAACGCAUGCAGAAAACGGAAAUCUCGCUGUGACGGAGUCCGACCUUGUUGUGGCGCGUGCAACCAGCAAACUCGAAAAUGCAUCUACGACGUUGAGCCAGGUGUCUCGCGACAUAAAUCUAUACGACACAGACUGGAUGUUCUUGAAACCAAGCACAAGUUUCUACAGGAUGUGGUUCAUAAAAUCCGCGAUGGCACGCCUGAGCAGGUGGACUUGUUGUUGCGGCGUCUCAAGGCAGGGGACGUUGAUGGUAUUGAGCCUAUGGGCAUCACGCCUAUGCAAAUGCCUGACUCGCCGCCAGAUUCUUUGAUAGUCCCGGAUCAAGAUGGAGAUAGAUGUGUCUGCUUGGGAUCUGAUACUGGAGAACGGCAUCCGCUUGUCGACGACACUUCGCACGGUUGUUGUAGCAUACUUCCCCCAAGGCAUGUCUUCGAUACCGCUGUGGCUGGUUACCUCGACUCAGUCGAUGUGCUAUUUCACGCUUAUACGUCGGAGCAAGUCAGACACUUGCUAAAUAUCGUGUUUAGCUCGGAUCAACUUGUACAACCUGUACAACCUAGCAGCGCUCUUACGCAGCUAUGCAGCAUAGCGGCUGUAGGUAGUCUAUGGAUCUUUAGUACGACGGACCUAUUCGUGGAGAUCAACUGGCUUGCUUGUCACCAGAUGCUCCGGGACUUCCAGUUCACAACUGAUAUGCACUGGCGUGAUGCAAUACAACUAGAAAUGGCCAAGAUCACAACUAUCAAGGCUGACGUUCGCAGCACUUUACACAAUACCAAGAAUUUCCAGCCACAAAUCUUUGCAGAAGCUCGCUAUCAACUACAAGGAUGGUGUAGGGACUUGCCUGAGUCCAUGUGCCUCCACUCUCUGUUGGACAACGACUUGCUCGCCACUGAAGACCGGAGUAGAACAUUGUUCACCCAUUUAACAUACCUUAGCGGUCUGAUGUUGCUUCCACAAUAUCUCGCGCGGGAAUGGAUUACGAAAAACUUCAGCACAGCAGAUCUCUCAUCUGUGGAAGCAGUCAGAGGUCUCAAUGCAGGAUUCUCGGCCGCAGAACAAUCCGCUCGUAUGUUAAGUCUACUCAGACCACAGCAGGACAUCAUCAUGAAACGGUGGUUCUGCACCCAACAACUCCUCCGUUCCAGCCCCCACAUCCAAAACAAAACGACAUUCAAACCAGCCUGGGAAUCGUUGAAAUGUCUGCAACUCUGCGCGAGCAAAGAUCAUGCUGCCAAAGUCCUUUAUUCUCGCUUGCAACCACAUAUCGCUGUAAUACAAGCAGAGCGGUUACGGAUAUCUACGCUUCCUCGACAGUUGCCAGUAGGAGAUGGGCAUCUAUUCGCUAUCCCUAGCGGUGAUAGUGCGCUUUAUCGUACUGCGCAUGCACUUUUGGAUCUUGUGGCGCAGCCGUUUCCUAUCAUCACUGGUGAUGGGGGAUAUAGUGUAAGGGAUGAAUGA